GAUGGGGUCACGAGCGAAACCGCAAGAGAAAGCAAGAAUGGCUUGGUUUAGAGAGAUAAAUAAAAGAGAAUAUGAUAAAAAAAAUAAUAAACACACACGGAGAGUGAAAACAAUACAUUAAAGUAGUGGAAAUGAGAAAGCAGGCAUGGAGGAAAAACUGAAAAACAGAGACAGGCUGCUCAACCAAUGAAAUAUUUGUGAAGUUGAAAUCUGAAGGGCGUUACAAAAAGCGUUAGACUUCUAGUCUUCUUCACAGCAUAAAAUUUAUUGUACUGUUUUGAACUAUUUGUAUUACUAUGUGACGGCACAACAGAACAUCACUAUUUGCUUCCGAUUCUACUGUUUUACUAUUUAAUCUACGAGAGUUUUUAUACGACAGAAGUUGAAACAUUGAGUUUGAUGAAACCAACUGGAUUGAUUAAUAGCGACAAUAUCUUCAAUAGUAAGGAAGACAGUACAAGCAGCUCUUGGAAAAUGCAGCAAUCCACGAGAGAAAACACCAAAUCAACAAUGGAAUGUUUUCCCCCUGGGAACAUACCAAAUGGUUACAUUAUCACCAAGUCUCCAUACUAUCCGGGUAGCUAUAUAACAUUCACGUGUUCCUCGGGAUUUUUUAUGGUAGGUUCACCUUUCUUGAAAUGUUCGGUUAAGUCAAUCUGGAUCGGCAGCAUACCACGAUGUGUUUCACUGGAUUUGUCAACCAAAUUUAACAUCAAUUCAUCUGAUAUCACUCUAGUUCCACGUUGGCUUCUAAUCGCCCUGUUUACAAUACUGGGAUUCUUUCUUACGAUUUUGAUGAUUCUAUUAUUCUAUUACUACUGUUGCCGUAAAACAAGCAACACAUUUGACCCACGUCGGUUUAAAUUGAAUGAGGAAAGAAUCAAACACCAUUUACGCCAAGAUGCGUCAAAGAAAGAGACAAAAAGUAGUAAAUGUAAUAUUCCUGACCCAAAGAACAGCAGCAAUUCUUUAUCAAACAGCAAAAGUAACAACAAAGAAUAUAGGCGACAGUACUGCGCUAAGUCUUUAUCAAACAGCAUCAAUUCUUCCACAGUUAGUUUAGAAUCGACUCCAAUCAUCUCGAAGCAAAUGGUUGAAAGAGGAACCAUGGCUUGUAUGCCACACUUAUACACUAUUUCUAUGGAGAAAUCUCAAGCGAGACGAAAGGACCAUAUCAUAUUAAAGGACAAGAAUGGGCAUUGCGUUGGUUAUGCUAUACCUCUAGACACAAGGAAAUGGGUUGCUGAGUCACGUGAUGAGCAAGAAAGGAGCAGCAGUAUGUCUUCGAUGAUACCAUAUGGCCAAAAUAACACUGAUAAACACGAACAACAAAUUUUGAAAACCAGGCACACUACCAACUUAACAUCAUCAUAUACAGACCAUGGCCCUCAUAGGCUGAAACCAACGGUGCUUUAUAUUCACAGUAAUAUUCAUCAAAAAAAUAUCAGAAAUUCUAGCAUGAACCCUAAUACAAGACACCGUAAAGGUGUAACUAAAGAGUAUACUUUUAACCAAGGAUGGGGUAUUUUACCUCAGGCCAAGAAGCUGACUGGAUGGAUUCCUCACACACAUCCUAUUCGUAAUAACAAUACAAGCACUCAGUAGACAUACUUAUUUAUAAAUAUAAUGCCUGAUUGCUUGUGUUCAAAUUGAUUUACCUACCUACCUAUCUACCAAUCUAACUACCUACUUACAUACAUACACAAGUUCAUACCUAAUACUCUGUUGCUUACGACUACGAGAGUUCCAGCUGAUCCAAUCAACAAAACAGGCUGCUCGUGAAAUUAAUGUGCAAGUGGCUGAGCACUCCACAGAUCAGUGUGACACAGAAUCUUACAAGGCUGGCCCUUCGAAUUACAGGUAUAACUCGCUUUUGCUAGCUGAGUGGACUGGAGCAAUGUGAAAUAAAGUGUCUUGCUCAAGGACACAAAGCGCUGCCAGUAACCGAACUCAUGACUUUAUGAUAUCCUAACCCUUAGCCACACACCUGCAUACAUACAUACAUACAUACAUACAUACGCAUGCAUGCAUGCACACACACACACACAGUGCAUAAAUUACUAGUACAUAAGAAACUGGCUUUUUACCAUCCAGGUAUCAAAUUCGAGUCAUGCUUGAUUGUUUUAUUUUUAUUUACUUAUUUCUAGCAUCGAUAGAUCCACUGGAGACAGGUGUUCAAAUCAAACAACUUAUAGGAAAGGAACCUAUCAUUGUCUCAAGGUUCAAGUCAACACCUUGAAAUGGCAGAUGUUUUUGCUUUUGUCACAUAUCUUUCAUUGAUAGUCUUCAAAACAUGUAGCUCAUGCUCUGCACAUCUCCUAAUUAUGUUCCAAACCCUAAUUAUGUUCUCAAUUUUUGUAUUUGAAAGUUUUUGUAUUUCUUCUGAAAUAAAAUUCACAAAAUUUUAA